UUCCAGAAAUCAGUAAUGGGUGCCAUUCAUGGAAAAGGUCGUUUCAAGUGCAGGUGUCAGCAUCCUUUCUCUUGGCGGCUAGAUCUUGCUGAACAUGUUAAACAAUGUAAAAAUUUCCAGCAAAGAAGAAACAAGGAUCAGCAGAGUGAAUAUUACUUGCUGGAAUCAUGUUACCUUUGUGGCUGUCAGCUGUCAGGUGUGCAGUCAGAAGAGGCAUCAUUUGUCAAAGGUCACCAGAAGCUCUUCUACUCUAAGAGGUCAUUAAUAGAGGUACUAGAGAUAAUCACUAAAGAUUCUCCCCUCACCUACCUCAACCAAUGCACUAUUGGUCUCUGUAAGGAUUGCAUGAAUGCUGUUAACAAAUGGGAUGAGAUGGAACAACAGCUAUCAAUUAUUGCUAAAUCUCUCCGGAAUGCAUACAGAUUAAAAUGCAGAAAAAGUGAUACAAAGCACUUGAACAAGAAAAUAGUAAUAGACAAUAAAGAUCAGGAAGAAAUCAACAAAGAAAUCCUAAAGGCUGCUGAAGACGAUGAAGAGGAUGAAGAGAAUGCUGAUGAUCAUGACUCAGAAAUUCGUGAAGGAAUUGUGAAGGAGGAAAAGUCAUCAGAUGCAGCUAACCAGCGUGAGAAAUUUGAAGAUUGUGAGAAAAAGGAAUAUACCUGUGACUGUGGAAAGACUGUGAAAGGUCUCGAUAUGUUUGUGGAGCAUCAGCUACGUGAAGGAUGCAGAAUCAAGACCAAUGAGUACCCUUGCAAGUAUUGUGGCUCUGUAUUUGCUGAAAAAAAAUUGUUGAUUGUCCACAAGAAAGCAUGCAUUGAAGCUUCUUUGAUUAAUGGAGCUCAUGAGUGUGACAUCUGUGGCAGAAGAUUUCUAGUUCGUGGUCGGGUAGAAACUCAUAAGAGGAAUGUUCACAGUAUAGGGACUGCUGACCAACAGCUGUGCAGUUAUUGUGGACGCACAUUUGGUUCAAGCUACAACAUGAAAAACCAUCUUGCACGAGAACAUGGCAUUGGGCAGAUUGAAGUGGUCGUCUGUGAAUUAUGUGGUGGUAAAUUUUCUGAUAGAUCAAGUUUACGUAACCAUAUGAAAAACAUUCAUGGGGAGCGCAAGUAUGAAUGCGAGACCUGUGGGAAAAUGUUUGCCACCCCUGGCAUGCGCAAUCAUCACAUAAAUGAAAUGCACAAUAAUACCUACAAUUAUGAAUGCAAUCUGUGUGGUGAACAAUUCCAUGUCAGUUUUAAAUACAGGUACCAUAUGCGUAAGAUGCAUAAUACACUUCAGUAUGCAUGUGAUGACUGUGGACGAACCUUUAUAAUGCGCAGUGAUCUAUACCGGCAUGUUCGUGGUGUUCACAUGGGAAUACGUGAUCCUAAGCGUUAUCCAUGUAAAGUUUGUGGCCGACUUUUUCCCAGCAAAUACAAGGUUAAGCGGCAUAUGAGCAGUCAUGGAUUUGUGGCAUCAAAAGUUGAUAAGAACAUAUUAGAACAACAUGUUACUGAUGUUGACGGUAAUAACACUCUACACGAACAAAGUGAAUCCGGUAUUACAAGACUCACAGAGUCAACUACACAAAAUGCUGAUGGAACAAGUAUUGAUGUCCACCAGCUUCCUGUUUCAGAAAUAUAUUCUGGACCUCACAUCACAACACUCACACCUGAGAUACUCCAGAGUGGUGUGGGCCAAGACAUUGUGGCAGCAGAGACUAUGGUUGUUGGUUCAAUGUCAAGCAUUGUUGUUUCUGCAUCAUCCAUACCUGAGAGUAUCACAGCUGAGCUUCAUCAAGCCAAUCAAGUCUCUCAAGUCUCUCACCACCACCACCAUCAUCAGAAUCAUCAAGAACCACAUCAACAAGAGCAAACACCAGAUCAUGACCAGCAUUUUCGUCAAGGAAAUUCCUUAAUGCAACAGUCUUUAACUUCAUCCAUUAUUCCAGUGCAACAGAUGAUUGUGAUUCAAGAUUCUGUCACCGUACCAGGUCAUACCGAGUUUUCUGUUCCACCUUCAAGUCAAGUCAUUUCUGUCCCUCAGUCAACAAGUCAAGUAAUAUCUGUUCCACCAGUUUCAGGUCAAGUUAUAUCUGUUCCUCACUCAAAUAGUCAGGUCGUCUCAGUUCCCACAGUCAGUAAUCAAGUAAUUUCUGGCACUAUUCACACCCCUGAAGCCACUUUUACUGUGCCUAUGGCUCAGCAUUCCAAUCAAGUAAACAGCCAACAGAAGCUUUCUACAAUACAUUAUCAGUAUUUUCCUUCCUAAAGCAUUUUAUUUGUAUCAGAGAUAUCUGUUAGAGAAAAAUCUUUUGUACUAUGUAUUGCAAACAGGUGCAUGCAGAAUGGCCUGUUGUACCUGGCCAUAUAUCAAGUCUUCAGACAAGAAACAAUCCUCAAGCAAAUAAAGGCAAACACA